CCGCUGGUCCAGUGCGGAGCCCUACGGCCGGCGGCCCAGCCCUGGGCCCGUUCUGUUUCCGGAGUCUGGGGCCGCGGACUGGCCCGGUGCUCGGAGCCCGCUAGCCCGGGACCGCGGGCCGGGCCGGGCCGGGCCGGAGCCGCACCCCACCACCGAGAGGAGCGCCUAGAGCGGACAGCCCGCGCCGCCCCGCCCCCUCCCGGCCUCCUCUCCCCCGGAAGUGGGUGCCGCCACCCGAUCGCGUGCUGCUCCCCUGGGUGUCGCCUCGGCGAUCGGGACGGGCUGCGCCUGCGAGAGGAUCAACAUGCCUUUGGCUAGAGACUUACUACAUCCGUCCUUGGAAGAGGAAAAGAAAAAACAUAAAAAGAAACGGCUAGUUCAAAGCCCAAAUUCUUAUUUUAUGGAUGUAAAAUGUCCAGGUUGCUACAAGAUCACCACGGUUUUCAGCCAUGCUCAGACAGUGGUUCUUUGCGUAGGCUGUUCAACAGUGUUGUGCCAGCCGACAGGAGGAAAGGCUAGACUCACGGAAGGGUGUUCAUUUAGAAGAAAGCAACACUAAUGAUCCACACAGCUUCCUGAAUUUGGGUUAUAUCACAAAAAGCCUUAUCAGUUUAAUAAUUCUAGUUAAUCUACCAGGAUAAUGUAAUUACAUUUAAUUUUGUAAGUAUACAACAGUGAUCUCCUAUUUUGGUGUCAAUUUUUCAAUAAAGUUUUGAUUAUGGGAAAAUUA